UUGGGUUCUCCAAUUCAGUUUGUCGCGCCAUAUUCUAACGAUCGGUCGGGUUCGGUCCCCAAAUAAGCAUCUGCCCACAUAAUCGCUUCAAAUCUAUCAUAUUAUAUCCCAUUACUCAAGGGAUAUCCUUGAAACCAUAAACGUUAAACAGCACGCAAUAGUUUCGACACCAGAAAGCCACCAGGUUGCGGCUAAUAAUGCCGCGAUCAAGCUAGGAACCACCUUUCGAAGUAAUUUUAAAUUGAAUCACAGUGGAUCGUGGACAAUGAAACCCAAAAAGGGAUUACACCUGCUGCUGACGGCCCUACUGGUCAGUCUAAGUCUUAGCGAAAUUAAUGGUCAAACAACCUGCAAAAAUGGCUUGGGUCGAGUGCUCUAUGAAAGAUUGCCGAACCAGCAACUUCAGGGUUAUGAUGACGAUGUGGUGAGGGAUACGGCACCACCGUUCCGGGUGCUGGAGAAGUGCCAGGACUUGUGUCUUCGGGACCGUUCCGGAUCCAAUAAUCUGGUGCGAACCUGCACCAGUUUUGAUUUCCAACCAGGCAGUCGAAUCACCUCCUUUGGAGGCAAUUCUGAGUACGAAGAAUCCCUGUGCUAUUUGACCUCCGAGCAGGCUGGACCCGAGGGAAUUGGAAGUCUGAUGCUGGUUCCCAACAGUGUGCACUUCAAUGAAAUAUGUCUGACUUCGAGUCGCCCGGAGAGGGAAUGUCCCAGCAGAAGAUAUGUAUUCGAAAGGCAUCCUCGCAAGAAACUAAAGCUGCCCAUCAGUGACAUCAAGGAGAUAACUGCUGCAAAUCGCUCGGAUUGUGAGGAUAAGUGCUUGAAUGAGUUCUCCUUCGUUUGUCGAUCGGCAAACUUCGAUUCCACAAUGCGAUCCUGCACGCUGAGCAGAUUCACCCGGCGCACUCACCCAGAACUAAUGGAAGAUGAUCCCAACUCCGAUUACCUGGAGAACACCUGCCUGAAUGCCGAGCGGCGUUGCGAUGGACUGGCUGUUUUUGUCAAGGAGGAGAACAAACGCCUGGGUGGCCCCUUCGAGGUGGACAUAUUCAAUAACAUGACGCUGGAGGAGUGCCAGACCAUGUGCCUGCGGGCCGAGAAAUACUUCUGCCGAUCCGUGGAGUUUGACGACCAGAGCAAACAGUGCAUCCUCUCGGAGGAGGACUCCAUCUCGCAGAAGGAUGACAUUAGCAUCAGCUCCAGUCCCACACACCAUUUCUACGAUCUCGUGUGCCUCGAUAAUCAACGAGCCAACGAUUAUCCAGAUAACUCAGUCACCUCGCACCUCUUCUCCAGCGGCCGGCGGCCAGAUACGGCAUUCCAGCGGUACCGCAACUCCAGGCUGGGCGGUGAGUUUCACUCCGAGAUCACCGGCCGUUCGCUGAGCGAGUGCCUCGACGAGUGUCUUCGCCAGACGAGCUUCCAAUGCAGGUCUGCUGUGUACAGCGAUCGUUUUCGUACUUGUCGCCUGAGUCGGUACAAUCAAAAGGACGGCAUGCGCAUUAUAUACGAUGCUGAUUAUGAUUACUACGAGAAUCUAAUGUUGAACGUGGUGGGCGGAGGCGCCGACGGCGAUGGCGGUGGCCACGGAGUCAGUGGCGAUGGCAAGCGACCCGGGGAUCAGUCGGGCAGCAACUGGAGACAGCCUAACAAGCACGACGACCGCUACGGGUCAGGCGGUUCAGCCGGCGGAGGAGGAUCGCACGGGGGAACGGGUUCUGGCGGCUCUCGACUGCCGACAGGCGAGGGCGUCGACUAUGGCCGGCCAUACGAUCGUUAUCCGGACUUUGCGAGCAACGAAUAUGAUCGCAAUCCUUAUGGCGGAGAUCGCGACAGAGAUCGCUACCCGCCAGAUCGUUAUGGCUCCCGAUAUCCCGCCGGCGGAGAUGGAAUGGGCUAUGGCAGACCGUAUGAUCGUUUCCCCGAUGAUUAUGAUCGGUACCCAGGUGGUCCGGCUGCCAAUGGCGAUAGAGACCGCGACCGGGAAAGGGAUCGAGAUCGGGAUCGUUAUCCAAGCGCUGAUCGAGAUCGCUAUCCAAUGGAUAGAGAUCGCUAUCCCGGCGACCGGGAUCGUUAUCCAGGAGCUGGCGACAGGGAUCGCUAUCCGGACACCUAUCCACCGGAGCGUUAUGCGGACAGAUACGGGGAUCGACGAUAUCCGGACAGGGAGAGGGAUCGAGAUCGCGAUAGAUUGCCUUACCGCCCACUGCCCUAUCCCGGAAUCAACGACAAUAGCCUCCCCAGUGACCUGCCCCACACUCGACCCUAUCCCACGGAUGAUGAUGCUCCCUUCCGGCCGUACGGAUACGGAGGUGGACGCUACGGGGAAAACAGAUACGACAGUCGCUACCCUGCAUCGCGUUUUCCACCUGGUCGCGAACGAGAUCCUGUGGGCGGUUACACGGGAAGAGAUGCCCCGGAUAGCAUUUUCCCGGACAGAAGGUACAGACCUUCGUCCCUGGAUGGUCCGAGGUAUCCGUACUUGCCCGACUCACGUGGUCCACCGGGCAGAUACGAUGACAUCGUACACAGUGCCAGGAGACCAGAACCCGACUCUGCGAAAAGAUACCCCCCGGCCCCAAUUGCUCCAACGGGAAGUGCUAGCAAGUACGCCUCUACUCCAAACCGGUUUCCGGUAGGUAACGAUCGCUAUCCCAUUGACAUCUACAAGUACGGCAAUCGUCCGGGACCCAAUGAUAUUGGCAGGCGACCGGGCCUGGAACGUCCGCCACCUCCUUUCUAUGAUUACGACUAUGAGGAGAGAUAUGGAGAUAGGUAUGGACCCUACGAUCGGGAGUACGACGGUCCGCCGGGAAGAAGACCUCCAAGCGGUGGUCCCUACGGACGCUACGAUAGUCCCUUCAAUCGACCCUACGGCGGUAAUGGUCUGGACGAUCGUCCUCUGCCCCUCCCCGGAUUAGGUCUCUCCCAUCCACCCACCGCUUACGGAGGAGGUGGAGGUCAUGUGGGUGUGGGAGUGGGGGUGAGCUCGGGUCCCCGACCUCCGAUCACACGGUGCGAGGAGAGCGACAACUUCAAGCAGAUUGCCGCGCGGCACAAGAUGCGUCGCCACUUUGUGCGACGAGCUCUGAUCGUUCCGAGUCUCAUCCAAUGCGAGCGGGAGUGCAUCGAGAGCCGGGACUUCGUGUGCCGCAGCUUCAACUAUAGAGACUCGGCCGCCUCCAGCUACGAGGACAGAGAUAGGGAUCGGGAUCGCGAGUCGCCAAACUGUGAGCUGAGCGACAGAGAUUCGCGGGAGCUGGACAUCCACGAUCCGGGCACCUUCGACGCCUCCAACUAUGAUUUCUACGAGCGCAGCAUCGGACGCAGUGAUGGCGAGUGCAUGGACGUGACACAAACCUGUAAUGAGGAGGGCAUGGAGUUCACCAUUCGCACACCGGAGGGUUUCUUGGGGCGGAUUUAUACUUAUGGAUUCUAUGAUCGCUGCUUCUUCCGUGGGAAUGGAGGCACUGUCAACGUAUUGAGGCUCAGUGGACCUCAGGGUUAUCCCGACUGUGGAACUCAGCGGUAUGGCGAUACCUUGACCAACAUUGUAGUGGUUCAAUUCUCGGACAAUGUGCAGACGAGCAGGGAUAAGCGCUACAAUCUGACUUGUAUUUUCCGUGGUCCGGGAGAGGCGGUGGUUAGCUCCGGUUAUAUAGGAGCAGGAUCUGGUAGUCCCAUUCCCAUCGAAUACUUACCAGCUGAAAAUACUUUGAGUUCCAAGGUUCGCUUGAGUAUUUUGUAUCAGGGAAGACCCACCACCACCAUUGCAGUGGGUGAUCCUCUGACCUUCCGGUUGGAGGCGCAGGAUGGCUACAACCAUGUGACAGACAUCUUCGCCACCAAUGUGGUGGCCAGGGAUCCCUAUUCCGGACGCAGCAUCCAGUUGAUUGACAGAUUCGGUUGCCCUGUGGAUCCGUUUGUAUUCCCUGAGUUGGACAAACUGCGCGAUGGUGACACUCUGGAAGCCCGCUUCAAUGCCUUUAAGAUACCCGAGUCAAACUUCCUGGUCUUUGAGGCUACCGUUCGCUCUUGUCGCGAAGGAUGCCAGCCGGCUUAUUGUCCCGGGCCAGCGGGUCGCCAGGAACCUUCCUUUGGCCGCCGGCGAAGAUCGCUUAACACCACAGAGGAACCCGAACCGGAGGCACUGGCUCUGGAGGGCAGUAGACAACUGGAGGCUUCCAACUCAGACGAAGUCACCGUGGUCAACAGCACCACUGUAAGUGCAACUUUGGGACAGGCUCCUUUAAAUGAGACUCAAUCGGGUGAGAAGGCCAAGGAGAACGAGGAACCCGAGCAAGUGCGGGAAAUGAUUGAGGUGUUUGAAACCCGGGAGGAAAUAGAGAAGGAGUCGUAUCCCCGCAAGCUGGUGGCCCCCGUGGAAACUGUGUGCAUGACUCCCGCCGAGUAUCACGGGCUAAUCACAGCCAUUAUUCUCCUAAUGAUCCUGCUGUUCAGCAUUACGCUGGUGGCGGGUCUAGGCUACAGGCGCUACUGGAAAUCCAUCUCAAAGAAUCGACUGGUGGACAGGCACUCCCCGAUCCAUUCGCUCGGACACUCCCAUUCCUCCAUACGCACCCAUGAGCGGUUCACCGAGAUCGGACACAUGCCCAACCUGAACGGAGGAGGAGGUGGAGGAGGCGGCGGAGGAGGAGGAACUGGGGGCGGAGCCAAUCAGAGCGCAUCGAAUCGGGCCUCAAACGCUUUUCGCACCAACAUGUCCAUGUUCGGCGGCUCAUUACACAAGACGUUUGCCACGGGAAACUUGGCGCGCAUGUGCCAGCUGCCGGUGAUAAAUCCCAUGCGUAGUGCAGCACAGAGUGGCCACCAGUUCGAGGAUCCCAGCGAGCCCAUCUACACGGAUCCCUCGCUCUUCGAGCGUUCCAGGCAAGUGGCCGUCCAACCCGUAACAGAUCCGCAGAAAAAGCCCCCAUCCACCGUUUGCAAUUAUCGCUGCGAAGUCUGACUAUGGUGGCCGAGUCCGAGGACAAUCAGGAGGUCUGAGAUCCAAACUCCAAUCCUCCUGUGAUUAGUUGUAAAUAAGCUAAAGGUUCUAAACUCCAUUUAAUCAAAGACAACCCGACAAGUAUCCACACGCGAUAUAUCUUUACGCUAGCUAAAUGCGUGGAGGAGCCUCGAAUAUUCAAGUAGCCUAAGAAGUGCACCACUGACCAGUAUCCAAAUAUUAUGAUCUUAUGCUAUUUAACAUAGUUUACCUAAGCCUAACAACAGAAAACACAAUUAUUCUCUAUACCAGCUAAGAUAUGAAACGCAAUAAAGCCUAAACUUAUCCAUAA